AAAGUUGUGUUGACAGGGGUGGUAGGAGCAGGAGUUGUCAGCCAGCUUCACCCGACUUGCAUGGAGUAAUUUACACAUAUCAUCCUACCCAGCGCUUUUGUUACUGCUGUUAAGCGCGUUUCUUGUUGUUUAAGAACCAACUAUGGCAGACGAGCAGUCCUCUCAGUCCUGGUCGAUCGACAGGGAUGACUAUGAACUCAAUGAGGUGAUAGGGAGCGGAGCCACUGCAGUUGUUCAGGCAGCGUACUGCAAGCCGAGAAAGGAGAAGGUGGCCAUCAAACGCAUCAACUUGGAAAAGUGUCAAACUAGCAUGGAUGAACUGCUGAAAGAGAUUCAGGCUAUGAGCCAGUGCCACCAUCCAAACAUUGUGUCUUAUUAUACCUCCUUCGUGGUGAAGGAUGAGCUGUGGCUGGUGAUGAAGCUGCUCAGUGGGGGCUCUGUGCUGGACAUAAUCAAGCACAUCAUCUCACGUGGUGAGCACAAGAAUGGAGUGUUGGACGAGGCCAGCAUAGCUACGAUGCUGAAAGAAGUCUUGGAGGGGCUGGAGUACCUUCACAAAAAUGGGCAGAUUCAUCGGGAUCUAAAAGCUGGAAACAUUCUUCUCGGGGACGAUGGCUCAGUGCAGAUUGCUGACUUUGGUGUGAGUGCCUUUCUAGCCACUGGAGGAGACAUGACGAGGAACAAGGUUCGCAAGACGUUUGUUGGGACCCCGUGCUGGAUGGCCCCAGAGGUCAUGGAGCAGGUCCGUGGCUACGACUUCAAAGCAGACAUUUGGAGUUUUGGGAUAACAGCAAUUGAACUGGCCACCGGGGCAGCGCCGUAUCACAAAUACCCACCAAUGAAGGUGUUGAUGCUGACUUUGCAGAAUGACCCCCCUACUCUGGAGACGGGUGUUACAGACAAGGAAAUGGUGAAGAAGUAUGGCAAGUCAUUCAGGAAAAUGCUGUCUUUGUGUUUACAAAAAGAUCCUGAAAAAAGGCCAUCUGCUGCAGAAUUGCUCAAGCACAAGUUCUUUACAAAAGCCAAGAACAACGAGUUCUUGCACGAGAAGCUCCUAAUGAAAGGUCCCACAAUAUCAGAUCGAUCUAAAAAGGUGCGUCGUGUGCCUGGCUCGAGUGGCCGUCUCCACAAGACGGAAGACGGGGGGUGGGAGUGGAGCGACGACGAGCUGGAUGAGGAGAGCGAGGAGGGAAAAGCUGCUGUGGCAGCUCUGCGG